GCGCCCGCGGAGUCCCAACCGUAGAAAAACAAUACCCCGGAUAACAACAAAACUCGUAUUUUGCAUCUAACCGCGCACAGAAAUCCGAUUUACUCGAUCAAAAACGACCAUAGCGAGUGAUUCUCGGCUUUUUUCGUCGCUCUCUCGGGCCUUUCUGGCGAUGUUGUUUAUCUGUAGUAAGGGGGGGCUUGAAACCGCCCUCCCUUGCCCCAUUUCCUCGGUUGUUUUCCUUCUCUCGCCUGGAUUCUCCAUGUUGUUGGUGCAAGAGUGAAGACUUCGCAGCGACGGGAGAGGGGGGCUGCUCGGCGAUUUAAAAAAAACAAAACAGAUACAGACAACGGUAAACCCGAAACGACGGAGCGGAUAGAGCCUCUAGAAAAACAUUUACAAGUGCCUUGCCCCUUCCCCGAGAGGACCGACCGAGCGAAGAAGAAGAAGAAGAAAACGCGGGGGGAAUAAAGAAACCCAGGAACAAGAUAAACCCCACUCCUCGUCGCGGAUUGUUAACAGAGGCGGAUGACAAAGUUAACCUCGGUGAAUAAUUUGAGUCCACUUGUCAAUAGAGGCCAAUGAGGGAUGCCCAUCGCCAGUGUUCGCGGACAGGUUUUGAGGAUUUUGAGGGCUCCGUGAUUGUCAGAUGGAAAGUUCUGUUAUCACCCAAGUGCAGAAAGAAGACGUCCAAGUGUCCCCGAAAACAGGCCAGGUGAGCCGCUCGGCCCUGAAACAGCCACGGAGUUGUAACAUCUUCAAAGCACUCUUCUGUUGCCUCCAAGCUCAGGAUGGCCCCAAACCACAGCCACCACUGCCGCCACCUUCCCAGCAGGCCUUGCUGGAGUCACAGGAAAAUGGGACGGUUGUCAAGCAGUAUGAGCCCAGCCUCCUGCCUGAGGUAGAGGACCAGGACCAGGGGAAGAUCUGCGUGGUCAUAGACCUGGAUGAGACACUGGUGCACAGCUCAUUCAAGCCCAUUAAUAAUGCAGACUUCAUCGUGCCUGUGGAGAUAGAGGGGACCACACACCAGGUGUACGUCCUGAAGAGGCCGUAUGUGGACGAGUUCCUGCAGAGGAUGGGAGAGCUGUUUGAAUGUGUGCUGUUUACAGCCAGCCUCGCAAAGUACGCAGACCCAGUGACGGACCUGCUGGAUCACUGUGGGGUAUUCAGGACUCGGUUAUUCCGGGAGUCUUGUGUUUUCCACCAGGGCUGCUACGUCAAAGAUUUGAGUCGCCUGGGCCGAGACCUUCACAAAACCCUCAUCCUGGACAACUCUCCUGCCUCCUACAUCUUCCACCCUAAUAAUGCUGUUCCUGUGGUGUCAUGGUUCGACGACGUGGACGACGCUGAGCUGCUCAACCUUCUUCCUGUGUUUGAAGAACUUAGUCAAGCUGAUAAUGUUUACGACCGGCUGGACCAGCUCCGUGGACAGUAGAGACGCUCUGAUCGGUUCAGAGCUCCAGCUUGAAAACUUCUUCAGCUACAACAGAACCCUUUUUUCUUCUUUUACAUCUCGAAUAGAUACUUAAGAGUUUACAGACUCUGCUCUCCAAGCCUCUGCACAAAAUCCUCUGUUUAGAAAAUCGUAUUAUCUCGGGGUUAAGGAAAUUCCAAGGCUGUAAAAAAAACACAAUGUGUUUGGCUCAAGUGAAACUAUAGAUUACAAUCUGAGGCCUUUCCUCCCAAACCUCAGCGCUGACAUUGUUGACAACCACUAUUUGAAAGCACGCCGAGAAAGAGCGGAAAACAACCAAAGCAGUCCCAUCACAAUCACUCCAGUCAAUAUUCAAGUGGUGAUGUUGCCAAAGCAGAAGCCUGCCUGCCUGCCUGCCUGCCCUGACUUGACUUUUUUGGACUUUUGUGUUUUUUUAUUAUUGUGCCUUCACGGAACAACAAGAAAAAAACAUCAGCUCUUUUUUUAAAAUUUCCACCAGAUUUUAUACAUUUAUUGAUUUCUUUUUUAUAGGUUGUUUUAUAAGGAAGUCUAUUUUUUAAACAGUGAACGUGGUUCUUCUAUGCAACCCAUGGACAGUACCUCCUGAGUAGCCAGUCAAUAAUUGCAUUCAGCAGAUGUAAACAUUACUGUGUAGCCUUAUUCACCUGUAAAUGAGCGAACAAACAAAGUGUAUUUUACCUAUUUGUACUAUAAGCAUACUUUCUAGACAACAAGUAUACAUCAGAAGCGGUCAGUUUUGAUAUGUUGUAAGUAAACAGGGUGAAAUCUUGUCUUUGAUGGUCCGUUGAAAAGCAGACACACUGGAUUAUGUUGGCACAUAGGACGACCAGAUAUGCCACCGUUUUCAGUCAAGGUUUGAAUAAUAGUUCACUUGUUACCGUGUUUUCUUGUAUUACUAUAUGACAAACAACUUGCACUUGUUUUUUUAUUGACAGUGCUGAACGUAAAAAAAAAAAAAAAAACUGUGCCUUUGAAAUUCGGACAGAGAAUGGUGUUCUGCCUGAAAAGAGAUUUGUAGGCCUACACAGUCUGAUGUGUCAUGCUGAGCGUGAGUAAACACUGUCAAGAGCAAGUGUAAUGCCAUGUGGCUGUGGUACUUGCAGUGCAACACUUGAAAAAUAUCAAAUUUGAUUUUUUUUUAAAGCAUGUGUGAGCGUUUUGUUUCUGUAUUUAUUGGCCAAAAACAUGUAUUGUCCAGUAAUCUGUUGGCCUAGUUUGAGGCCGGCCUUGUGUUUAACUGUUUUAUCUGUGCCUCGAUUUUCUGUCAAAGCUAAGGAUAAUCCAAAAAAAAAAAAAAACAUCAGCAGUUAAAUCACACACAUGUCAUCAAAUCAAUAAAUCCUGCAAGUUUGUAUUUUUCAUUUUGAAUUCAGUACUUUAGUUUUGUUGGGGUUUAAGUCUGGGUAAUAUGUAUUUUUUUCUAUGUUUAAUGUCUGAUGCAAUUAUUGCCUGCAUGUUAACUAGUUAAAUAUGACAAUAAAAAUUGUACCAGUUGUGAUGACCAAAAGUAUUCGUUUGAGACUGUCACAAUUUGUCUUGUUUGUUUCCAAAUCAAUCCAAAACUCAUUUUGUCUACUUGAUCUGACCAAAACUCUAAAGGACAAGGUGCUACCACUUUUUAUUUUCUAAUAAAAAAUGGUUAUAUUAA